AUGGCCGCCGCUCAGCAAGCCCCGACCUUCAAGCUGGUCCUCGUCGGCGAUGGUGGUACUGGAAAGACCACCUUCGUCAAGCGCCACUUGACUGGUGAAUUCGAGAAGAAGUACAUGGCUACCCUCGGUGUCGAGGUUCACCCUCUGGGCUUUACCACCAACUUCGGUCAGAUCACCUUCGAUGUCUGGGAUACCGCUGGCCAGGAAAAGUUCGGCGGUCUUCGCGACGGAUACUACAUCAACGGACAGUGCGGCAUCAUCAUGUUCGAUGUUACCUCGCGUAUCACCUACAAGAACGUCCCGAACUGGCACCGUGAUCUCGUCCGCGUCUGCGAGAACAUUCCCAUCGUUCUCUGCGGCAACAAGGUUGACGUGAAGGAGCGCAAGGUCAAGGCCAAGACCAUCACGUUCCACCGAAAGAAGAACCUCCAGUACUACGAUAUCUCUGCCAAGUCCAACUACAAUUUCGAGAAGCCCUUCCUGUGGCUGGCUCGCAAGCUUGUCGGCAACCCUGCUCUGGAAUUCGUCGCUGCCCCUGCCCUCGCACCGCCCACCGCCCAGGUCGAUGAGAAGCUUCUCGAGCAGUACCGUCUGGAGAUGGAAGCAGCGAAGGAUAUGCCUCUGCCUGGUGAGGAUGAGGAUGAUGACUUGUAG